AUGCUUUCAAAUUGUUUUUUUUGUGUCGCUGUACUGUCGAAAGACUUCGAGAAAAUCUCGGCUACCCUGGAGGCCCACAAAACCGACUACUCGUAUGUAGCUGAGACCCUGGUUGAGAAUAUGAAACUACGCGAGGAAGUUAUGCGACUCACUGACGAGGCACAGGCUCUCCGAAGCGAGCUCGAUCAGGUGAAACAAAGCCACAUUGACCAGUUGGAUGCUGUCAAUUCAGCCAACAAAGAUAAGUUGACUGCGCUGUGCAGGGAGUACGAGGAAAAGUUAACCUAUCAGUCAAAUCAGUUCACAGAGCUGAUGGACAAGGAGAAGGCCAAUUUCGCAGCUCAAAGAGACGCAUGGAAUGAGGAAAAGGCAAACCUGCUCUUAGACCACGCCAACGAACUGGCCUCCGCGAUGCGAGAGAAGGACCAACAACUCGCCGCAGAAACUGAGCCCAAUUUCCGUACUGAGAUUCUACGACAGAUUAGCGAGGUGCAGAACCAGGCUCAAGCGCAAGUCACCCAACUGCAGUGGAGAAUUGACCAGAUCAUGAACGGUUCCGCAGUGGCUGGACGCAACUCAAAUCGGACUCCAAGGCAGUCGAGGGAAGCGGCAAUCAGGGUGCAGACGCCCUUGCCUCAACCAAAAUGGGACCAGUCAGACGCAUCUGCGCUUCAGCAGCAAGCCGUGGCACCAUCGAGGGUUUCCAAAAAGAUGCCUUCUGCUGUGAGUCAUCCAACCAACAGUCCAUUCACGCGCAUCCAGCCACAAGCACCAGACAACGUCUCGACCUCGGUCGCUUGUGCCAGUCCCUGUCAAAAACGCCUUUCCAACGAGACACCUCAGUUGCAGUCUCGGAAGUCACUAAAAGUGGCAGCAGUUCCUCCCGUUCUCGUGGUAUCUGGAGGUCACCAUCCACUUCUCAGUGGUUCUGCGAAUUCCACUGAGGAGGGCAGCAGGACCGUUGAGCUACCGAAUUCAGUUUGGGGAAAAGCGAGUGAUUUGCUGGAGCAGCCAGCUCAGUGCAAAAAUGGAGUCGAUCAACCAAUAGAGAAGGCGCAGGAUGCCACUGUUGACGCGAAUCCCUUCUUUCAACUGCCAACGGCCAACAUGACUAAAAUUGACUUCAUGCCAGCUAACAACUGGUUCGCCCACACCAACAAUGAGGACGAGUUCGGGGCAGAGGAAGGAGAAAGCCAAUUCUCCGACUGUACUCAGACUAUUCCAUCGUACCUACAGCAGCAGCAGCAGCAACACCAGCAGCUUCUGCAAUCUGGUCCCAGGAAGCGUCUUCUCUUUGCAGUUCACUCCGGAAGUAAUUAA